ACCGUCGCAGUCGAGGCGGUAUUUAUCUCGGAACGGGAGCAUCAGACAGGCGCCAACUUCGCUUCACCGAGCAUAUAAAGGCGACCUGUGCGGUGCUGGUCAUCUGUCUCUUCCCCUAUCCCCGCCACCACCACGCCAACACGCGACACGAUGUCCAUGGGGUUCCAGCAGCAGCAGCAGCUCGAGCUUAGUGAGGCAGCCAUCUACGGCCUCCCCAACGAACUCCUCGCAGAUAUAUUCGACACGACCGUGAAGAGCGUUCAGGGAAGCGCGGAGCUGGUGCUGGUGACGCUUGAGCAAGUAUGCCGACGAUGGCGGAGCGUGCUUCUGGCAACGCCGAUGUUGUGGACGUGCGUCACAAUACAACACCCUCGCGCGCGCCCACGCCAUCCGCUCAGCCGCAUGCGCGCAUACCUGACACGCUCCGGCGCGUGCCCGCUCGACGUUCGGCUGACCGAUUCUGACGACGCCGACGCCUUCUUGCCCUUCCUUCUACCCCAUAUUGGCAGAGUUCGUUACCUUGCCAUUGACGGAAGGACGGUAGAAGGCCUCCAUCGCAUCGCGGCCUUCCUUCGUGACCUUGCUGCGCCCGAACUGCUAUACUUGAAGUUUACGCUCAACUUCCACACGCCUCCUUUGGCCGUUCAGCAGGCUUUGAUGCCUAUGACCGUGUUCGCUGGUGGCACGCCGAGCCUGACGCAUGUACACAUCCAGCUGUCCGGCGCGCUCGACGUCUUUCCUCUGCACAUUCCCGAAAACACGGCAUCGUUGAAAAUUACACCAUAUCCGACGACAGUAGCGUCAGCAUGCCUCCAUAGCGCCUUGGACGUCGUCCAUAACCUCACGGAAAUCUUCGUUCACGGUCAGCUAAUUCCAGUGAACACAUCCGCGUACGGAAUGGACACCAUCGAGGCACCCCGUCUGCGUCGACUCACGCAGGUCGUCGGUCGUCGGCGCAGCACUUCUUUUUGGCCCGCCGUCCUGUGCGCGCCGAUGCUCGAGCACAUCACCUUGUACGCGCGGGAGAGAAAGGAUCUGGAGGGCUUCCUUAGCGACGCGCCCGUGUCCUUCGAGGACCUCGCCAUCCCCGAGCAACCCAUGCUUCGCUCGCUCACCAUCGCCACCAAACACUACAAACACCACCGUUGCGACAAUCCACCCUGGCGCGGCUGCGAAGCUCUCCGCAUCUGCGGCCACCUGCACAGCGUCCUCGCGACCGUGCGCCAUCUCACCCUGGUCAACGUCUGCAGGGGCGGGGAGGUGCUUGCGGAUAUGCUGGCAAGGACGCCGGAGGGGCAGCGGAUGCCGAAUCUGGGGGUGGUGGAGGUGUCGUCGCCGUCAAUGGAUUGGGAGCGGCUUUGCGGGAUGCUGGACUUGCGAAGGGAUGCAGGAUACCCGUUGCGUGUGGUUGGUAUCACUCCCGCGGCGGUCGAGGAGGGCGCGGAUCACCUAUGCUCGAGGAUGGAGGUCAUACGAGAGUUUUCAGAGACCGAGGCUUUGAGAGAUCCGUUCGCUGACGGGCAAGUUAUGGAUGGUCUAUAGAGCGGUCA